UGCUGAGGUGGGAGGGACCAUAUAUAUAGGGUUACAGCUACGGGGUUGGCAAGUAGAGAGCAAAAAUCAUAGAAAGCAACGUUGCUGGGCUUGUGAGCUGUCUGCCUGUUAGAGGAGGGAAGAUGAACUUCUUGCACCCAGCCCUGGAUCCCUGCCUGCAGCGAGGGGCAGGUCUGCCGAGUGAAUGAAACCUGAAAUAAUUGCCCAACAUGCCUGAGCACAGGCAGCUGUGAGCUCACGGAUCCGCAGCCACGGGAGAUUGACAAUUGCAGGCAAGUUGAGAUUACAGCUAGAGUUAAGGAAUCUAGUGCAGGAGAAAAAGAGCUGCCUGGAGCAUGCCAAAUUUCUGUAUAAAAGUGUGAUGAUUUAUAGAUUUUAUGUACAUUGUAUUUGCUUAGAGCAAAUGAAUUGACCAAACAGAAGCCAAACUUGACAUUUUGGAGGAAGAAUUUAUUUCACACAAGCAAAGCAAACACAGAAAUAAUCUCCAGAGAUGUUCUGCAAAUAUUUUUGCUUCUUCAGUUGCUGUCUUUUCCUUCCAACCCAAAGGAGGUGCUCCCUGGGUCACACAUCUGACUUGCAUGGCAGUGACACAACAUCCCUCCCUGGAUUUAAGAACCUCACCAUGGGAUACAACAAAUACCUCCGGCCCUAUUUUGGUGGAGAACCUGUUCAAAUUGCAAUGAGUCUGGACAUUGCAAGUAUUUCCAGUAUAUCCGAGAGCGAUAUGGAUUACACAGCUACUAUAUAUUUGCGGCAGCGCUGGACAGACCCCCGGUUGGUCUUUCAUGGCAACAAGAGCUUCACACUAGAUGCUCGUCUAGUGGAAUUGCUCUGGGUACCAGACACAUACAUUGUGGAGUCAAAAAGGUCUUUCCUGCACGAUGUCACUGUGGGGAACCGCCUAAUAAGAUUGUUCUCUAAUGGCACUAUCUUGUAUGCCUUAAGAAUCACUACUACUGUUGCUUGUAACAUGGACUUAUCAAAAUAUCCCAUGGACACACAAACAUGCAGACUGCAGCUAGAAAGCUGGGGAUAUGAUGAAAAUGAUGUCAUCUUCAUGUGGUUGAGAGGAAAUGACUCUGUCCACGGCAUAGAAAAGUUGCGGCUCUCUCAGUACACAGUGGAACGUUACUAUACCCUGGUCUCAAAGUCACAGCAGGAAACAGGCAGUUACCCACGACUGAUAUUGCAGUUUGAGCUGAGAAGAAAUGUCCUUUACUUCAUUUUGGAGACCUACGUGCCCUCCACUCUGCUCGUCAUGUUGUCCUGGGUUUCUUUUUGGAUCACACUGGAUUCAGUGCCUGCAAGAACCUGCAUUGGAGUAACAACGGUGCUUUCCAUGACAACUCUGAUGAUUGGCUCACGAAGUUCACUUUCGAAAACUAACUGUUUCAUUAAGGCCAUCGACGUUUACCUUGGAAUCUGCUUCAGCUUCAUAUUUGGUGCUCUUGUGGAAUAUGCAGUGGCUCACUACAGCUCAUCACAAAAGUGUGCAGCUAAAGCACCUCAAGAGAGGCCUCCAAAUGAACUCACUAAAGAAAUGGAGGAAGUCAAUAUCACUAACAUCCUUAACAGCUCCAUUGCCAGCUAUAAACGGAAAAUCAGCUUUACAAGCAUUGAGAUUUCCAGUGAUACUGUUAACUGCGGUGACUUGACCAUGAAAACUCAUGAGAAAAUCAAAUGUGUCUUGAGAAACAAAAUGCACAGGAUUAUUGGUUAUUUCACAAUUCAGAACCCCAGCAAUGUAGACCACUACUCCAAGUUGCUUUUCCCUUUGUUUUUCAUGCUGGUCAAUGUGUUUUAUUGGGCUUAUUACCUAUAUUUUUAGUAGAAAUUAUUUGCUUAAUUCUCCUACUUCAGCAGGAGUGGAAUCUUGCCCAUGGGCAUCUAGGUAUCUAACCUCAGUGCAUCCAACAUGGACAAAACACUCUGUUGUGUUUCCUGAGGUACAGAGCAGACGACUGUGUGGGGUGUACGAGAUGAUGCAAAGGGUGCUUCAGCAUUAGCAACAUUGACUCUGGACAACUGCUUGUUCAGCUGAGAGGCUAUGCUGGGCUCUUGCGCUCAUAUCUGCUUUUCAUUCCAGCAUCCAGCUUCUCACCUGGCCAGAGAUGCGUGCGUAGGACUGCAUGUGGCAGGCCACAGAGCACUACAUGUGGCAAAAUUUUCUUGGUACUCUGAAGCAGGUUGGAACCUUCUAGUUUAGAUCUCCACGAGGAUGUAGGAUAAUAGCUGUUAUUCUUUGUUUGCCAGAGAUAACAGUAGCAGAGGGACCGUGAUUGCUGUCUCAAUAGCUCCUCUGUUCAAGUAAGAGAACCCGAAGGCAGCAGUGUGCUGUGCACAGAUGAACGGCUCCUGUGCAUGGUGCCUCCUUGCCGUGGGGCUGAUGUGGUACCAGACCAGUGAUUUUGGUGCUGCUGGCAUCAGUGAAGUGGUAUGCCUCAUUGCUUUUAAUACGUGUCAGACUCACUGAGGUAAUCCUCACUUGCUGAAGUUAUCCAUCCCUGAGACAGACGGAGGGUUUUUUAUUUGUAGAACUGAAUUUUUUCAGAGAUUUGGGAACACGAACUAUAGGCAGCAGAAUUGUUUUGUAACCCGUCUCUUAUACUCUUCCCGUUGUGCUGCCAUUGAGCAGACUCUACCACCUCCCGUGUCUUCCUUACAAAUUAUUUUUCAUCCUGGACAGUGCCUCCUUCAGCUUUAACUACUAUAAGCAGCUCUCGUUCCUUUCCAGCUAUAUGCAAGAGUGGCCAAUUUGUCAUCGCCUCUUUUAUGUGGCUGUGCAGCUGUGGCAAGCCAGAAGUGCUGCUGAGUGAAAAACCCAUGUGUGGGCUGAGGUACAAUGACCUCUAUCAGCCUUUCAUUCUCUAUUUUAGGCUGAAACAGUGUUAUGUUUCUGCAGAAACUCAGAUUCUAAGUGGGCUCUGGAAACUGCCAGUCAGCCUUGUUUAUCCUGCAAUCAGCAGGACUGAGAGCUUUUUUUAAAAAAAUAAAUUAAAUAUGUGGCACGCAUACACUUAUGUUUGCAAACCAAAUGCCAUUUGGUACUAUGCAGCUUAAGGCUACUGGAAGUCUUUAUUUCCUGAUUUCAAAAUGAACGCUUUAUGGCAGAUUUCCCCCACACACCACCCGCCUUUUUGAUCUAUGCGACUUUCAUAACUUUGAGGGCGUAAUCCUGCAGUUAUGUAGGCAAAACUGUAAUUGCCUGCAGCGGCUACUAUUCAGUAGGAGUUUUGGCUGAGUGAGCCCUUUCAGCAUGUAGCUUAUAUUACAGUCUCAUGCAUGCAGUGUUUGCUUAGCAGAAGAGUCUCUUAAUGAGGGUUCCUAUACAAGGUGGGCAAAUCAUGCAAAACUAUAGAUUUUUACUUUAAUAACUCUUUAUCGAACCACUUCACCACACUAUAUUGUGAAGGAUCUAAACCAUAUGUUCAUAAAUCACAGUUUUUACAAAGAGCAGCAUAAGAAGACAAAGGGGAACAGACUGACAAUGGCAAGUGAAUAAACAGAAACUCCAAUAAUGAAAUGUUGGCUUGUAUAUACUGGCAUUUAAAGUCCAUUCCAUAAAAUGUAAUAAAGUGCAUGUUUGUGAUAUGAACACAAACCCCCAGAGAGGUCCUCUAUUAAAAAAAUCA